UGUGACCUGUGCAAAGGCGACCUGCCCCCACAACGCAGCCGCCUGCGACGAAGACGGCGGAGCCAAGCACCUUCUCACCGCCACCUUCCACUGCUAAUACCACCCCGCCUCCUGCAUCCCAUUUACCGCCGCCGACGAAGCCCAAGCUCGCCGGCGCUACCGUCUGGCUACACAGCGGCGGGCAAUUAGUUGGUUCUCCUCUCCCGUCGUUGGGGGGCAUACGAGGCGCAGUGGAGUAAUUGCUCGGAUUCGAAUUCCAGAUCUUUUCGGAGUUUCUACGGAACAAGUCCCGGCCGUUUCCUCCUUGGAUCCGGACUCCCUUCUUCUAAUCGGAUCACAGGUGAGGCCUCGGCUCGUUUGGAUAUAAGUGCAGCCAGCCCUCGGUGUGCUUCUUCUCAGAUUAGUUUCAAGCAAGUUCAAUUGGUUUGCCGCUGAAGCAACUCUUCUCCCACAAGACCUGCUUUUGCAAUUGCUCCAAUGGAGGUCUGUAGCGUAGCCAGGAUAACGAGCUUUGCUCAUUUUGGCCUGAAAAUUUUGCCUAAGCUCCUGUCUCUUUCUCCCGGUUCAUUGGGGAAAUUCAGAAAGGUCUCACCAGCGAUGGAAACUGAAACUGUGGUGAGAAACUCGCCGGAGCUGCCGCAGGAUGUAUUGAUGGACAUAUUUUCACUCCUGGAGAUACCUGACCUCAUGCGUGCUGCCUCUGUCAGCUCCUCCUGGCGCUCCGCCUGUACCAGCCUCUGCAGCCAGCUUGAGCUGUACAAACGUCCUCAGACGCCUUGCCUCCUCUACACCUCUGAAUCUGCUGGUGAGAACGUAGCUUGUCUCUACAGCCUCGCGGAGAAGAGGGUCUACAAUUUAACUCUCCCGGAUCCACCCAUCCGCAGCAGGUAUAUUAUUGGGUCAUCACAUGGUUGGCUAGUUACCGCGGAUGACAAGUCUGAGCUACAUCUUAUCAAUCCGGUCACUGGCCAGCAGAUUGCUCUCCCGUCGGUGGUCACCAUUGGUUAUGUAGAGCCAAUCUUUGACAAUGCAGGCACAGUUAUUAUGUAUAUAUUGCGGCAGCAACUUUACGAUCCGGACUUAGACCCCGAAAUGGUUGGUCCCAAAAUGUUCCCCCAUGCUCCCGACAAGCUUCGUUACCAUGUCUACAUCAGGGUAUUUAUCUUUCUGGAUCCAUCCACAGGAAGCUACAUUGUGGUUCUCAUCCAUGGUCCAGGAUGUCAGCUUUCGUUUGCAAGGGUAGGAGAUUGUAAGUGGACCUUGCUGACGCCGGAUUGGGACUAUGAUCAAUGCAUCUACAUGGAUGGUCUAUUGUAUGCAUCCACAAGAGCCGGAAGAAUGGAUGCUUUUGACCUCACUGGUCCUACCGCCACGAGGAAUAUAAUUGCAGAUGAGAUUGCCAUUCACAGUUCUGAGUACAGGGGCGAAUUCUACCUUCUUCAGGCUCCAUGGGGUGAUCUGCUGCAAGUUUGCAGGAAGGCUGAACUCAUAGAUGCGGGCUAUGAGGAGCUCAUAGUUAAAACUAAUAAAAUCUUGUUACACAAAGUCGAUAUGGAAGCACAAGAGCUUGUGGAAAUAAAUAGCUUGCAUCAUAACGUGUUGUUUCUUGGGCGUAACCAGUCUAUAUGCCUUAGUGCUGAAGAAUAUCCGCAAGUGAAGGCAAAUUGUGUCUAUUUCGCAGAUGCUGAGCAAUAUAAUUGGAUGUAUAAGACGAAUCCCCGGGAUAUAGGUGUUCUCAACCUUGAAGAUGGCAGUAGGGAGGAAAUUGUGUCCCCGCUUUGGUGCAGCUGGCCGAGUCCCAUAUGGUUAACACCCAGUCUUACAGUGUUGAAUCUGUCAUUGUACGAAUAGGUAGCUUUUCUUAAUUAUGUACCUUGAUUAUGGGGUCUGUCGACCAAGUUUGCCAUUCUUUUGCGGGCAGAUGCUAUGACAACGGAAGCAUGUUCAGUCUAUCUCUUUUUUCGUAUAUUGUUUGCUGUAAUGAAACUAUGACCGGAAAAUAAAUAUUAGGAAUGGAAAUGGUGCU